AUGUCUGCUCCCCACGACUCCGCCGCCGCCCAAUCCAACUCGGUCAACACCACUGCCCCCGCCAACUCCCACGUCGAGUCCACCAACAAUGGCACCUCCCAAGGCGGACUCUCCACCUCCGGUUCCUCCGCCGCCGCCGAACUCGCCAGUCUUAAAAGCACGCUGAAGUCGUCAUUGCGCCAAUUCCCAGACUUUCCCCAGCCGGGCGUCCUCUUCGAAGAUAUUAUGCCCUUGUUCGCAAACCCACAGCUACACGAGAGCCUGGUACGCGGACUGGAACUCGCUGUCGAACAGCACUUCAGCGCAUCCGGCAAGCCCGAUGUGGUUGUCGGACUGGAUGCGCGCGGAUUCUUGUUUGGCCCCAGUCUGGCGCUGAGAAUCGGCGCCAGCUUUGUGCCAGUGCGCAAGAAGGGAAAGCUGCCCGGUCCCUGCGAGACCGCGGAAUACGAGAAAGAGUAUGGAAGCGAUUUCUUUCAGAUGCAGACCGAUGCCGUAAAGAGCGGCCAGAAGGUGCUCGUUGUUGACGACAUCAUUGCGACUGGCGGCUCUGCAGUUGCUGCGGGAUCCCUCGUUACGAAGCUUGGCGGAACAGUUGUUGGAUACCUCUUCCUUGACGAGGUCGCUUUCCUAAAGGGCCGUGAUAAGCUCAACGCACCAGUAUACACACUCCUUGCAAAGUCUGAGCAGUAG